AGUUCGUUGAAGGCAGAUGCAUUGCAACUUCUCAUUAAACCUUACCGCCGUUUUGUUCAUUUUUGUUUCAGUAUCAAAGCGUAUAUUGAUAUAAACUUUCUUUUUUCGUUCCGGAAGCUGAAGAUAUACAGUGACGGAGUGACACUGCAGCCCUCUUCUGUGCUGGUGUCCAACGAAGUUGCGGAGGGGAUUGCUACGAAUAACGUGCUAUAUAUUUCUUUUUGAUAUAUAGCCUAUUUUUCUGUCAAAGAACUGGAGUGUGAUAAUCGUUAUUUUGGGUGUUCUGAAAUAUGCUUAUGCUGUUCUACUCGGAUUUUAUUGGUGGACAAGAAAAAAUGACCCCGCAUUUGCUAUUCCCGGUCACAGUUUAGUCCAAAUUGGUUUCUAAAAGAGAGCUGUAAUGCAUUCACAUUGUAGACCAUUUAUUUUUACCCGAUAACUGGCGUUCGUGUCUGAAAGAAAAUGGUGAUAUUUGCGGUUAAUUUCCCUGCCGUGCCUGCGUUGUCGGUGCUACUGCUAGGAUUUGGAUCCCCGUGAGAAAAAAUGAGCGAAGAAUCGACAAAUCCAAACAACGAUGACAGUUAUGCGCGUGUGAGAGCAGUGGUCAUGACUCGGGAUGACUCCAGCGGAGGGUGGCUGCCCCUGGCCGGGGGAGGCCUCAGCUGCGUCACCGUCUACAAAGUCAGCCGGCAGGACGAGGGAAGCUGCCCCGACUUCCUCAUCCAGGGAGAACGGCUCAAAGACAAAUCGGUUGUGCUGGAGUGUGUUUUAAAGAAGGAUCUGGUGUACAACAAGGUGAACCCCAUAUUUCACCACUGGAGGAUCAACGAGAAGAAGUUUGGGCUGACCUUCCAGAGUCCGGCAGACGCCAGGGCCUUCGACCGAGGCAUCCGGCGAGCCAUCGAGGACCUCAACCAAGGCUGCCCAUCCUACAGCGAGCCUGAAGUUGCUGAAGAUGGAUUGCAGGUGAAUCCGGAGCCUCCCUCCAUCUGCACGCCCAUGAAGGAACCCUUCUCCCCGCCGAGCAGCGUGAUCAACACGGAGCCCUGCCGAGGCUGCUACGUGCGCGCCCAGCCUUUCGACGAAUUCCCCACCGCCAACCGCCGCUACCUGCCUCCCCAGGUCAGCAGAGUCUCAGCCCAGAUCAGCCCCAGCCUUUCCAGACCUGGCCCCAACAACAUCGGGGCUGUGUCUUUCAAGUCGACACGCCACGUGAGCUUUCACAUGGACGAGGAGGAGAUCGUGCGCAUCAACCCACGCAAGGACGUUCUCAUCCGGGGCUACGAGGACUACCGGCACCCCGUCAUGUGGAAGCAGGACCCGGAGCGCGAGGAGGCCGACUUCACCGCGCCCUUCUCCAAACUGGACUCCAAGAAGUGCGAGUACCUGUACCCGGAGGGGCCCGAGGGCCACGGUGGGAAGGACUCCAUCAAGACCCAGCCCUCGCCGCUGCUCAAGGCCAAGAAGUCCCGGAGGAGACGGGAGGACGGCGAGCGCUCCCGCUGCAUCUACUGCCGCGAGAUGUUCAACCACGAGGACAACUGGAGAGGGCAGUGCCAGGACGCGCCCGACCCCAUCAAACAGUGCAUCUACAAAGUCAGCUGCAUGCUGUGCGCCGAGAGCAUGCUGUACCACUGCAUGUCCGACUCGGAGGGCGACUUCUCGGACCCCUGCUCCUGCGACACCAACGACGAGCAGUUCUGCCUGCGCUGGCUGGCCCUGGUGGCCCUGUCCUUCAUCGCGCCCUGCAUGUGCUGCUACCUGCCGCUGCGCGCCUGCCACCACUGCGGGGAGGCCUGCCACUGCUGCGGCGGGAAGCACAAAGCCGCCGGCUGAGAGCGCCGCGCCCGGCCGGCUUCCUCUUUCCACCCGCCUCCUCCACAGGGCGGCCAUUUUGCGCAGAGCACGAGCAGACGCGCAGGCUCUGCGCUUUUCCCGCUCCACGGGGCUGUCGCGUGGCGGAGCUUGACGUCAGGAAAGGUGUCGAGGGAAGACACGAGAUACUAAAAACAACGCAACGUUUAAAAAAAAAUAAAAAAUUUAAACACAAAAUCCAGGCCACCGUACCGGACUUUCGUACACGUAGUGCGUAACUUUGUGAAGGAAAUUUUUGUCUUUUGUACAGAAAGCAGGAAAAAAAAAAAUGAUGCGAAUACAAAAAGAUACAUACAGAGAAUAUGCUGUAUGAGUAUGCUAAAAGGGAUAUGUUCAUGCUUUUCUUUUGUGAAUUUGCAGUUGGGCGACCGUGGCCUUCAUGACUCGAGCAUUUUCUGACAGUGUAAUUAUUAGAAGAAGUGCACUAGAUAUUUUUUUUUCCCUUAAAGGUAACCUUCAUUGAUUCUAAUGGUAAAUUAACAGUGAGCAUUAUAAUUGUUGCUUAACAGUGCUGAGGUGUAAUUCUGUGGUGGAUGUGUUUGUUUUCUUUUUCUUUUUUUCAUUGAAUGCAGAAAAAAUAACACCAUAAUUUUGAAGGUACCGUUAGAAAUUGCUCUCCAAAUUCACAAACGUCCCUUUAUUUUUGGUCAUAAGAUUUGGACCAUGUUCUUUCAUUCCAAGAUAAAGGGAUACAUACUAUAUAUACAGAAGAAAAUUUGCUUUCCACCCCCUUCUUUUUAGAAAAAUUGACACACGGGCGUUUUGUUUACCAUACUAGUUUAUUGAUUUACCUAACAUGCGACCAAUACAGCAGAAUUCUAGGUGUUCCACUUUAGUGAUAAAAUCAGUCCUCUGAGUCUACUUCCCAUGGAAAUGAAUUUUCUCUGUGACUAGUCUUAUCUGGAAACUGAAAGCUGACAUUUUGCUCAACCAGCAAGUUUUUUUUCCCCCAUUUUAGGGCGUUUGGUACCCCUAUGCAAUGUGGCACUUAGGUUAGUAAUUGGAUAUUCUCUCCCAUUGUAAUAUUCAUUUGCAUUCAAUUGGUCAUUCAAAUACUCCAGGUAAAGGAAAUGAAAAUCCCACUUUAAAAGCACUGGUUUCCAAACUUUGGUUCCAGCAUAGUCACCAAAUUAUUAUUUUUUGCUCCUUUUUGGUGUAGAAUUGUAUUAAAUAUGGCACAUGCGGACAUGCAUAUUUAUGUGCUGUGCGUGUGCGUGCGUGCGUGCGUGCGUGUGUGUGCGUGUGCGUGCGUGCGCGUUUUGCCGAUGCCCUUGUCCAAAAUACCUUACUCUUGAGCAUAUAUAAUGUUAUACAGAAGUGAAUACAAGUCAUUAAUAUAUUCAGAUGAAAAUUAAUAAACAGUAGUAAUUUGUUUUGCAUGGCUAUACCCACUCAGCUGUAUAAUAUUAGGUUCACAAGCUAAAACAUUCCACAAUUAUUGUCCAAUUGAAACUGAGUCCUUUUGAGCGUACUUUCAGAGCUCCAUAUAGACUCCCUAAAUCAGUCUGGGGGUCUUUGUGAAUAGAUGAAUAUAUUUAGACAUAUAACUGUAUACAUUUGCAUAUAAACUGGUAUGUACAUGUUUUUUUGCAUAUGUAUAUUUAUAAAUACACAUGUAUCUACACACAUAUGCUGUCAUAUACUAUUUCAUAGUAAUGCUAAAUUAACAUGUGAAUGGUAAUUGACAUUUGUCAGCCUUGUUCAGCAAUGGUUUCAGUAAAUUGUCAUCUUAACCAGUGUAUAUUAUUCUCACAAACACACGUUAGCUGAACAGUGUAUCAUUAGGGACUGUGACCAUUAGGUUUUAAAAGUCCUGUAUAAUAGAGAACUAUACCUUGCCAUAGUAAAUUCCCUCCCACUUCCUGUCGGUACAGGAAAUGACCCCUGUCACAGGGUAUGCGUGAAACAUGGAUAAGAAAACAUCCAAAAUAUGACUUCCAAAACUCACUCUCCACGAGUGUCUUUAUUUUAUUUUACUUUCUAUGCAAUUUUACCUUGAGAAAUACUUAGACUUCUGUCCACACUGAGUCACUGAUAUGACACUUUAAUAUGUUAUAUAGAUGUUAGCCCAGGUACCAAACUCAAACCAUUUGUAAAUAAGUAACACUAUAUUUAAAUAAUGGUAAUAAUCCCGUUCUGAAUUUAAAGAUAGAUCUGUAUUUAUCACUGCUGUCAGUAUAUAUUGUAGCUUUGACAGCAUCAUGUACAUAAGUCACCUUUGAGUAUUAUUUCACAUUGAAAAGUAGAGGGGGUACAUGGAAAGACUAUUGAGCUUUUAAUAAAGAGUUUCUUUCUAGUUUUGUAUUGCAAAAAGAAGGAUAGAGACAGCUGAUGCGGUACAUUAGUGACAGUCCACUUAUCUUAAAAGUUUGAUAUCUAAAGCUGCUAGAAACAAUCACUAAUUUUAUUGAGUUAAGAAAAAGUUACAGAAGACUGUUAAUACAUGACCUAGUUCUCAGACAGUGUAAAACAAGGAUCUGGAGCAAAUGUCUUUUAGUUUUGUGUGCGCACCUGCUUUUUUGUUUCAUUUUGUGUCCCCCAACCUUCCCUCUCCUUCCCUCUCCUUCCCCGACCGUUUUGUCAUUCGAUUGCUUUGCAUAUUGCAAGCUGAACCAAGGUUGGACGAACCUGAUUAAAACUUGCUGGCUGAGAAGCAAAAUAUAGGAAAAUUUGUAUAUAUAUUUUGGAAAAUACUGAACUAACAUGUUUCUGUAUUAACCAGCACAGGGCAACACCUUGUCAUGUACUGUAUUUUAUACGCAACAUGUCUGCUUUUCUUUUUUGUUCUUUUUUUUUCUUUCUUUUUUUUUUAAACCUACAGUAUCUGUUAAAUAGCAUAUGUAAAACUUCAGUUCUUAACCACUUUGCUGCUAGUAUUUUAUUUUUUAAUCUAGAUACCUGUGCAUAACUUUGGAAUGCCUAUAUAAACAUGUUUAUUCAAUGUAUUGUAAAAAAGUUACAUUUCCCAGCAGCUGAGUGGUUACUUAAAUUCUCCAAUGCUUCGAUGCACUGAUAUAUGUAGGCUUUCUAUUCUUACAGCGCUUGAUGUAACUUUAAUGUGAUUAGUUCUAAAUAGUGAAAAACAUUUGUGUUUGAAACUGCAGUAUAAAUGGUACUCCAAUAAUUCUUCUGUAAACACUGCCUGUUUUUCAUACUGUACAUCUAUUGGUUUCUUAGUGCCAUUUGCUUCACACCCUGAUGACCUCAAAAAAGUGCCUCACAUCUAUUAUAGUUUCCAUUUAAACCUUAACAGCUCUUGUUCUGGUUAUAUUUGUUUAUAUACAUUUUAGGUAUUUUUAUUAAAAAUACCAAGCAUAUGAUGUACAAUUUGUAGUUCAAUAACUCAUGUCGUAGUUGUAUUUUCUUUAUACAUAUACAGAUGUAGCUUGUUACUUUUCUUAAGUAUAUAAUGUAAAUAUGCAUAUAUAUGUUUGUAACUGUUUUUAUGUUACAUCAUACACUUGUAAUUUGACAUAUCAAAUAACAUUAUCAUAAUAAAAUGGUGAGUUUUAA